AUGGCGAGGCUGUGCUGGGUCGUCGUUGUGGUUCUCGUUUUCUGGGGUGUGGUUUGCGCUCGCGCGAGGGACGUUCCGGACGGAACUGGCCUCGGAGACCAGAAGAACUUCCUCACGUUCGGCGGCGUCGGCGGGUACGCGGGCCUCGGCGGCUUCGGCGGCGCCGCAGGAGUUGGAGGUAUUGUGGGGCUUGGAGGGCUUGGAGGGCUCGGGGGCUUCGGCGGAGGCGCCGGUGGAGUUGGAGGUCUGGGUGGCGUCGGCGGGGUCAUCCCAUGA